AGAGUGAUUUCUCUUUCUCUUUCUCAUUUCAGUCAGAUAUUUGAAGCUUGCACGCAAAGUCGUCUUCUUCAACAUCUUCUUCCUCCUUUUUCCAUUGUCUCUACUCUCUUUUUCAAGUCUCACCCAUUAUAAAUUAACUACUCUUUCUAAUCAGUUUGAACACUUCAAAACCCCACCUUUAAUGGCGUUACUCCUUUCUUCUUCUGCUUUUGCUUCAUUCCCUUCCUUACCUUCUUCUUCGUCUUCUUCUUCUUUUGACAAACCAUUCAAAACCCUUUCUUGCUUGAUAUCCAACAAUGCUCCAAACCGCAAAAUCUCUACCAAAUCAGCCACUUUCUCGCCUCUACGAGUGGCUGCUCCUCCUACUCAGCCAUCGAGCUCGGAGCUUGAUCAGGAACUGGUAGAAGAGGAGUACGGCGCUGAGGAGGAGACGGGUGAUGAGAGCUCGGAUUCGAAAUUCUCCUGGAGAGAUCACUGGUACCCAGUUUCUCUUGUGGAAGAUUUGGACCCUCGAUUGCCCACUCCGUUUCAGCUUCUGGGUCGAGACCUUGUUCUGUGGAACGAAAAGGCUACUGGGCAAUGGGUUGCUUUCGAUGACAAAUGCCCACAUCGUCUUGCUCCUUUAUCUGAAGGAAGAAUUGAUGAAGAUGGUAAUUUGCAGUGUUCAUACCAUGGAUGGUCUUUUGCUGGAUGUGGAUCUUGUGCUAAAAUUCCACAGGCUGCACCAGAAGGGCCGGAAGCUCGUGCCAUCCGGUCUCCGAGAGCAUGUGCUACAAGGUUCCCCACACUGGUCUCCCAAGGUCUGCUGUUCGUUUGGCCUGAUGAGAAUGGUUGGGAAAGAGCAAAUGCCACCAAGCCUCCCAUGUUGCCUGAUGACUUUAAUAAUCCUGAGUUUUCAUCUGUGACCAUUCAGCGUGAUCUCUUCUAUGGCUAUGAUACACUGAUGGAAAAUGUCUCUGAUCCAUCCCAUAUUGAUUUUGCUCAUCACACGGUUACAGGAAGAAGAGACAGAGCUAAGCCAUUGCCAUUUAAGAUGGAGGCUACUGGCCCUUGGGGCUUUGCUGGUGCAAAUGAUGGGAACCCACGGAUCAGCGCCGAGUUUGUUGCUCCUUGCUAUUACAUAAACAAAGUAGAGAUAGACACAAAGCUCCCCAUAGUUGGAGAUCAAAAAUGGGUUAUUUGGAUUUGUUCAUUCAAUGUACCAAUGGCACCAGGGAAGACUCGUUCUAUCGUUUGUAGUGCUCGAAACUUCUUCCAGCUCACAAUGCCAGGGCCUGCUUGGUGGCAGGUAAUUCCGAGAUGGCAUGAGCACUGGACUUCAAACAAAGUGUACGAUGGAGACAUGAUUGUCCUUCAAGGACAAGAAAAGGUUUUUCUUUCGAAAUCAAAGGACGGUUCUACAGAUGUUAACAAGGAAUACACUAAACUCACAUUCACACCCACCCAGGCUGAUCGUUUCGUCUUGGCGUUUCGAAAUUGGCUGAGGCGCCAUGGCAACAGCCAACCAGAAUGGUUUGGCACAAGCAGCCAACAACCUUUGCCAUCAACGGUCUUAUCAAAACGCGAGAUGCUAGACAGAUUCGAGCAGCACACCCUUAAGUGCUCAUCAUGUAAAGGAGCUUACACAGCAUUCCAAACAUGGCAAAAGCUGCUAAUUGGCGCCACAGUUGCUUCCUGUGCUGCAGCUGGGAUUCCUUCCGAGAUUCAAGUUCGGAUUCUCUUGGCGGGAUUAGCAAUCCUGAGUGCUGGUUUGGCUUAUGCUCUGAAUGAGCUCCAAAAGAAUUUUGUGUUCAUUGAUUAUGUACAUGCUGACAUUGAUUAGAGAGGAAUUUAAGAGUGAAUAAUCUGUAUCAAUGUCACUCAUCAGUAUUAGGAAUUGAUAUAAUCUGAAGAUAUAGGAGUUAAGAUGUAAGAAAAGAAAGGAAAUUUGAAGAAGACGCAAAAUUUUUCUCC